GUGAAAAUGAAAUCAGAAUUAUUAAAGAUUUCAAUAUCACAAGGUUCAAAUUUGUGAAAUAUUAAAGUGAAAAACCAUAAAUGUAUAAAGUGAGAAAAAUGGUGUUCGGAAAAAUGUUUAUGAAAAUUCUUAGUAAGGACAAGAGGUCGAAGCAAAUCAGUAUUCUUAUUGUAGGUCUUAAUAAUAGUGGGAAAUCGACGAUUGUCAAUUAUUUCAAAAAUAAAGACGACCGAAAAUUUAUUUCCGUUCCAACGAUUGGAUUUAAUGUGGAGCAUUUUGAAAACCAAGGAGUUUCGUUUACUGCUUUUGACUUUUCGGGACAAGGGAGAUAUCGAAACUUAUGGGAACAUCACUUUAAAUCAUGCCAUGGCAUUGUGUUCGUGAUUGAUUCAUCUGAUAGAAUGCGCUUAGUUGUCGUGAAAGAUGAACUUGAAUUGUUGCUCCAGCAUCCCGAUAUUAAGAGACGUCGUGUUCCAAUUUUAUUGUUCGCAAAUAAAAUGGAUUGUAUUGAUGCAUUAUCAUCUGUUAAAAUUGCGGCCGGAUUAAAUCUUGAAAAGAUUGAAAAUAAACCAUGGCAAAUAUGCUCGUCUAACGCAUUAACAGGUGAAGGACUGUAUAAUGGUGUUCAAUGGCUUACAACACAAAUCCGAGAAUGUCAUCAGGAAAAAGAAGUUCACGAAUAAAUUGAUUAAUUACUUUAUUCCAUGCUUAGUUUUCAAAUGAUUAACUUUACUUAAUGUUAUCAUAGAAUGAACAGUAAUUAAAUUUAAUUGAUAUUAUUUUUAAUCCAGUUAUAAACACUUUAG